UUUAACUUCAGUUUUUUUGGAGAAAAUGUUUAAUAAACAUCCCAAAUUGUAUUUUUUUUCCUAGCCAUUUGUGGUUUCACACAAUGGUCUAAAAAUUUCGGCAACUACCUUUCAAAAUUCUUUGUUUUUGUGACGCUUGGUGCAUCCAUCUUUUCUCCCAUAAAAAAAUGGUCUAGGAUUUGGAAAUUUCGAUACUCAAGUUUGCAAAGCUCAAAACAUGUCGCUGAGAAACCAGAAAUCCCAGACAUCCAUCAGCGUCGUUCAGGUGGGCCGUCAAGCAGGUCGGCGUGCCUCUGCCGGUCCGGAUGAGAUCCACAAUGUCUACAUUAAGAGGAUCGUGAGCGACUGGCGGGAUUCCGUGCGGGAGCGACGCUACACAACGGAUUCGAGAUCUUCGAGAUCUUCCCGGCUGGAUGUAGACAAGGGCAUCGGCUUGAGAAAAAACCUGACGACUCCCAGCUUCAUCCGACCGAGCAUCCAGAGACCGACUCUGUCACCACCCAAAGGCAAACCUCUGGAGAUCGAGUACGGACGGGGUUCCGGGGAGGCAGAUCGCAUAACCGUCACAGAGGGCGUCGAACUGUACAUCCACCAACCCAUCAAGGGAUCGUUGUCCAAGCCAGCACAAACACCAACACCACCCGACGAGAUUAUUGUACCAGACUAAUCAAUCCCAAGACAGCAGGAGAUACUCCAAAUAAAUAAAGAUCUCACAAGGGAGCCACCCGAGCAGAGGCCACUUGUUUGCUUCAUGGAAGGAG